GUAUUCCUCUUUCCCUAAGAGACACAGUGUGCUUAUUGGAGUAUGUUCUUAUAAAGGAAGAGGAAACCGAAUUCAGCAAAAGAUCCUUCUUGGAGAAAGACGCCAGAAUCGGAACCUUGUUAGAAGACGCACCUUAAAAACUCCUUGAUCUAUAGAAAGAAGUUGUCUUCAAGGCUGAGUAAUUCAGUCAAUGUUUCUUCAACUAUGAGCAAGACCUAUGCUUUUUUGCCUGAACUGAAAAAAGUUGUGAAAGGUAGAAUCAACCUGGACGAAGGCUCUUUACAGAAAAAAGAUGCCAUCAGUGCCUCUGAUGCCUCUCAUGAAUCAACACAUAAAACGGACGGUCAAAAACCAACAGUGUCAGCAAAUCCAAAUUUUAAAGCAACUAAUAUCAGUUACGAGCCUUACGUUCCAGAUCCGGAUUAUCCUGGAGCUAGAGAAUUUUAUAAAAAAGAUCAAUUACGUGAAAAAUCAAGGGCCAUCGGAAGAAAUAAAAACUUUACCAGAAUUCCUUCCUCUGAAUCGCCGGAGCCAGAUCCAGAUUAUUAAGGGACUUCUGAUAAUUACUACAGACACAAUGGUGAAAUGGUGAAAAAAAAGACACCAGAUCGCUUUGUACCUUCAGAAAAUUGCUGAUGGCAAUGGUAGAUAGUGGACAGAAAUUAACUUGUGAUUCUUUUGUUUCUGAUGCUAAUUAAACAACAAAUAUCUAGUCGAGAUAUUUCAUUGAACGUGCCAACAUACUCUCUCUCUCUCUAAUAUAGAGAAAAACCAGUGUUUCGUUAACGUGUAAGACAUCGUAGUCACGUGCUAAAUGACGAUUAAUCAGGGUGACAUCACCCUUGUUGACAUGUACAUGUAAAUAUACUCACCAGUCGUAUUAUUGAGUUCAAUUGUUAGAAGCUUUUAUUAAAAGCACACGACUCAAACUUACGUCUCCUGUAAAAAUUCAGUUGAUUUAGUUGGAUAAAAUGGUUCACAAAAAAGGUAUUCAUGCACUGAUUCAGCCACAGGAAUUUUUAUUU